ACUGAAGUUAAAAACAGUUCCAUUCUGAUUCUUGUCUCUCUCCUUCCUUCAGGCCCCUGUUGUUGUUGCUCAGUCAUUAAGUUGGGUCCAACUCUCCCUGACCUUGUGGUCCAUACUGUCCAUGGGCCUUUUUUGGCAAGAACACUGGAGUGGUUUUUUCUUUCUUUCUUCAGUGGAUCAAGGCAAACAGAGGUUAAGUGACUUGUCCAGGAUCACACAGCUGUGGUUUUAUGAGGAAACAGAAAACAAGGAUGAAGUUGAAAUACUCACCAUCAAGAAAUUUAGGGGGGACUUGGCAUACCGGCAACAAGAAUUUCAGAAAGCACUUCAAGAGUACUCCAGCUGCUUUGAACUAUUGCCAUCUACCAACUUUGCCAUGAGAAGAGACAUCCAAGAAGGACAGGCUCGAUGUUUAACUCACCUAGGAAGGCAUAUGGAAGCAUUGGAGAUUGCUGAGAAGUUGGUAAAUGGAGCCACUAACAGUGACCAUUUAACUACUGUACUCUACCUCCAGCUCACUAUUUAUUCAGGUCUGAAGAACAUAGAGAAAACAAUACUGUGCCUACAAAAACUGAUUUCUUUGCAUCAUUUUAAUCCUUGGAAUUGGGCCAAGCUUGCAGAGGCUUACUUGAGCCUUGGACUAGCUCUCUCGGCCUCAUUUACUUCAUCUCAGAAAGAAAACAGUUUUACCUCAAGUGACCAAGAAUUCAAAGCCCCAUUCCCAUCACCAAAAAAAGAUCCUUCUCUAAAUUUUUCCAAAAUCUUGAAUGGAGACUCUGGGUUUUCUAUGGGAACAAGUGGUAGCUGUGUCCAGAAAAAUGAAAACUCUUUCAGUGAUGUGUGGCCUGUGGCACCAGAGACCCCCUUCCAUCUGGCAUUUCAGUCCUGGGCACCCGCAGUAUGGGCAAGGAUUCAAAUGAAAGCUUGUGCCUCAUUUAUCAGAGCCAGGCUUUUGCUUCAGCUCACUCAGUCUCAGCAAACAUCUUUUGCUCUAGAGAAGAACUUAAAGGCUCAGGAGGAAAUUGAAGAUAGGCUGAAAGGAUUCAGCUUUGAAGAAGAAACUUUACUGUUGAUUUCUGAGGUUAUGAGAGAAGAUCUCAUUCCAGAAAAAAUAAAAGAUGAAGUUCAUGCAGAGGUGAAAUGUGUAGGCUCUGAAGCCUUGACUGCCCUGGUAAUCGCAUCUUCCAAAGAAUUUGAAGACAAAUGGUUCAGAAAGAUCAAAGACCAUUUAUGUCCCUUUGAAAAUCUGUUUCACACAGCGAUACGCAUCUCGCCUUAGCAGCCCAUUAAAA